UCUCCUUUUUUGUAGACAAGAGAAUGUUAGGGACUGAUACUAAUCAAAUGAUAAUUGAUGAUGUGAAUUGUGCUAAUAGCAACUAUUUAACAUUACUGCAAUGCUCCUUCUCUACAUAUAUUGAUAGUGGGUGUACUAACAGCAAUUCCUAUGAUGCUACGGUCUACUGCUAUACUACUAGAAUUUGGAGUAGCCCAUACACUGGUAUGCUACGUCUUCAAGGAGGGGCUUACUCUAAUCAAGGACGAGUGGAAGUAUAUUGUAAUGGGCAGUGGGGAACAAUAUGUGAUGAUGGGUUCAGUUCAACUGAUGCUAGAACUGUCUGCAGGCAGUUAGGAUACAGUAGUUAUUAUAGAUACGACCAUUUGUCUCUGCCUGGCAGUUCCAGUAAACCAAUAUGGUCUACUUAUUUUUCAAGCACUACAUCAAGUACUUGCUUCAAUUCAAGGAAUUCUUGUCCCAGUUCCAGUAUUACAUCAUGCACACAUUCAGAAGAUAUCACUGUAGCUUGCUCAUCUUAUUCAUCGUCAACGAGUGUAUCAACUGUAGGAUACUGCAAUGCCAAUGCUACUACUACUAAUAAUGCUGCAGUUGUUGGAGGAGCUAUUGGUGGUACAUUUGGUGCCAUUAUUUUAAUAAUAAUAAUAGCAGUGGUUUUUGCUGUUUUGUUUACUCAUGCUAAGAAACGGCGCUCCACAAGAAUGACACCAGUCAGGUCCAUACCUCGGACAAAUGUUACUACAAAUGAGAGACCAAAUAUUCAACUGAAUACUCUAUCUUCAUCUCCUCAAAGGUCACAAGCACAGCAGCAACCACCUCAAUACAAUGCAUCACCAACUAUUGCUUCAAAUUAUCCUCCACCACCAGCAUUUCCUCCUAAUGUACCUACUGGAACUUCACAUGGAGGAUAUUAUGUUUAUGUUCCACCAGGCAUGGCAUUACCUCCAUCAUCUCAUUUUUAUCCAUAUCCUGUUGCCACUUUACAACAAACUCCUAAAGAUGAAGGAGAGAAAUCAGAAGCAAAUGCUGAUUCCAUUCGUCAGCCAGAGCCCCCGCGUUAUGAUGAACUUUUUGGAAGCACUGCAUUGUAAACAGUAUAAUUGAGAUUUAAUAAUAAGUGCAUUUGCUAUUUUUUUAUUUUGUGUGUUUGAUUAUUUUCAUGUCAUUUCCUCUUUCUGUUUAUUUUUGCAGAAAUUUCUAAUGCAAAAAUCAAAGUUUUAGCUUUUAAUAGAA